AUGAGUGAUAAUUACUGCUUCAUAACAGGAAUUGCAAAAAGUUGCCAAGAACAUUACAAUAAUGGUGUCACUCAAACUGGAGUGUUUAAAAUUAAUGCUAAUGACUUUCCAAUUGAGACUAUGUGUGAAAUGGAUAAAGUUGAGAGUAAAAAUCCAAAAAUUAAUACACAGAAAUGCAUGCCACAGCCAUCAUCAAUCAUGCAGUUUUCAUUUGCUUUAUCAGUAUCAUACUGUGCAAUAACUUGCGCAAAAAAAAAGUACAGUGCAGUAAUUUUUGACAUACCUUGUUUGUGUGCGAGUUUUAUUGAUGUAGAUGAUUGGUGUCACUGGAAGACAUGUACAAAGUUAGAUUACUGUAAAAUAGGAGAAUCAUCAACUGAUUGCUCAGUAACAAAAUUGAGUUCAUCUAACUAUUUAAUUUAUGAAUAUGGAGAAUUAGUUUAUUUUGAUCAAAAGUCAUGUGUAAAUUUUUGUACAAAUUAUCAGAAUAUAAACUCAACAUAUAAUGGAUAUGUUGCAAGUGGAAUAGCUGUAACAAAUAAUGACUGUCUGUGUCUUUAUGGAUUUACUGGUAAAACAACAUCUGCUUACUAUGGAUGUUUGUAUUAUGACAUGGCCCCAACAAUAGUUACAAACUUCAAAGAAGUCAAUGAGCAAGUGAUACAAAAAUCGAACUUAAUUACAACAUUAUCUUAUUUGGAUAAGACGUUUUCAAUUUCUUUUAUGCUAAAACCAAUGUCAAAUAGAGUUAAUGGAGAUAUUGAUUAUGCUUUUAUUACCCAACCGCUAUCACUAAAUGCAUGGUCAAGUCUACUUAUAUCACAAACUGAAUUAGAUGGAAUUUAUACAUACACUGUUUACCUAAAUGACCAAAUUAUCCGAAAUGAUAUAAAUUAUCAGCCACGGAUUUUUAAAGAUGUCAAAGUUUAUGCAUCUGAUCCUUGGUCUGAUGUAUUUGAUGGUUAUAUUAAAAAUCUCAAAAUUGUUAAUGGAUUUGUUGAUUUCGUAGAUGAGGUCAGUGAGUCAGUGAUAAAAAAAAAUAAUUUAAUUGCAUUUUUGUCAUACUUGGACGAGGAAUACUCAGUUUCAUUUAAAAUUAAACCCAGAUCAUAUUCACCUGGAUGGAAGAGUGUUAUUCAUUUAACCAUUGGAAAAGAUUUAGUUAAUUAUGGUGAUAGAACCCCAGCUAUAUUUUUUCAUGGUGAUAGCUCAGGUAGAUUAUACAUUACUUCAGCAGUUAGCGGAAAUAGCAAUUAUUAUUUCAUCACCCAGCCACUACCUCUGAAUGAGUGGACAAGUAUAAAAAUUUUACAAUUCCGAAUACUCGGAAAGUAUGUAUUUUCAGUGUAUUUAAAUGAUAUAAAAGUUCAUAGCAUUGAAAACACAAAACCACAAUCUUUUGAAAAUUUGAAAGUCUAUACUGCAGAUCCUUGGUAUGAUGCACAAGAUGGCUCCAUUAAAGAUUUCAAAGUCAUAAGUGGAAGUAAUGGAGUCUGGAUUCCAAUGAUGACAAGAUUUGCCAGCUGGGAAUCGACUUUUUGGGAUAAAAGCUUUGAGGCUUAUGAAAAUGGUUUUGGUUUGGUAAAUCAACAAUGGAUUGGCUUAAAAAACCUUAAUCAAAUUACAAGCACUUUUUUUACAGAUAUGAGAAUUGAUUAUGCUUUCAAAGAAGGUAUAACAUUUAGUACAAGGUAUUAUAAUGUUACAAUUGGCUCAAGUGAAGAGAAAUAUAUCUUUCGAUAUGAAAAGUAUAAUCCAAGAGGCUCUGGCGAACCCGAUCGGUUGAAUGCAAACGGUUUUGUAUUCAACAAUUGUAGCAACUGGUGGACAGCUGAUAUACAAAACAAUGGUAAUUGCAAUAAAAAUAUGUUUCCGACAUCAGCUAGUUACAUCUCUUUUGGGUCAGCUAAAGAGUUGCUUUCUAUACAAUUUUUCUUACGCACAAAUUUGGAAAAGGAUUUUCCUACUAAUGCACCAUAAGCUGGAACGAAAGUUUCAAAGGUUGUAUUUUUAUUACGCUAAACUUCUCUAGAAUAAAUAAACAUUAAAAGUUUAACAUUUAAAGAUUAUGAUAUAUCUAAGAUCUGAAAAUCAAUUGAAGAUCACCUAAUGUCAAAUUAUGAUGUGUUGAAGUGUUGUAAAAUAUAGCAGCCUUUUAUUUUCAAUUUUUAUUCACAUUAAUAAUUUUUCUUUUUUUAAAAAAAAAAAUUUGCGAAGUAAUUUUAUUUCGGAGUAUUUGAUUAUUUUUGAGCUUUUUAUUUUAGAGUUUUAUAA